CUGAGCUUAUGACGGUGGGAUUAGGUAGCACGAGGGUAUUACGGAGAGAGGAAUCAGGAUGCAAAGAUUCUUUUGUCUAUCGUGAGGAAGACAACCGGACGGCUUAUAGGAGCACCGUGCAGCUCUAGAGCCCCACGGGGAAACAUCAGCCGACCAGGGGCAGUCAAAAUGAGUGACAAUACUACUUUGGCUCCUCCAGCGGCAAGCCAAGCUCCUGCCACCCCGCGCAAGGGGCCUCCCAAGUUCAAGCAGAGACAGACUCGCCAAUUCAAGAGCAAACCUCCUAAAAAGGGUGUGAAAGGGUUUGGAGAUGACAUUCCAGGCAUGGAGGGACUAGGAACAGAUAUCACGGUGAUUUGUCCAUGGGAGGCCUUCAGCCACUUGGAACUGCACGAGCUUGCCCAGUUCGGGAUUAUCUAAAGCACCAGGGGUUCUGCCAACGCGCAGCCACAUCUGCUGUAAAAUUGACUGCUUUUGCUCUAUUGUUCUGACAGAGGCUUAAAAUUCAGUAUUUAGAAGGAGUUUCUUGGACUUCUGUGGUCAUUUUCCAUCAGUUACCAAGUCGUUCUCUUGGUGUCAGAAUCUCUCUUGCAGCCCAUAGCUCAGCUAGGAGUGAGAUUGAAAACCUACUUUUGUUGGGUGAUUUUAAACUUCACCACCCUUUCUAUCAACUGGUUAGAAGCCAUCAAUAUUUCUGUACAUUUUGUUUUAUGUGUAAGUUUCUCAAAUCUAAUUUGCUUGGCAUUCAUUGUAAUUAGUAGUAGAAUUUUAAGAUAGCACGUCAUUCUUCGCCCCUUCUUAUUUUAAGAAAGGAGACAUUUACCUUGAAUCUUAUGGUGAAAUUGUACUAAAUACUGCAUACAAAUACUUGAUGCCCUGUUCUGAGAACUAGUUAAACAAAGAAGGCACAGUCACGUGGAAAUAGGCACACGAUGCUUGUGAAAGAGUACAAGAUUAAGAUUCAAGUCAUAGUUUUGCUUUGUCAAUUUCACUUUCUUGGUCUAUAUUUUAUUGAAGUAGGUUAUCCUGAGGUCCCAUGUAGCUCUGAAUUAUACAAUUCUAUGAUAGUUGAAGACUGGACACUUAAACUCACAACUCUGACAACAUGAGUCUACUUUUUAGUGCUCUGUUUCGGAAAAGUUCCUAUUUAUAGUCUCCCUUUGGUGGAAUUAUUCUGUCCAAUGGCUUAAGGUGAGAGUCACAGCUUAUUUGUAUAUGCAUCGGCUGGAUUUCUGUACAUUUAUAAUAAAUCACUUUUAAACCAUU